CUUCUUUAUAACUUUUCCGCCCGCAUUUAAUUUUUAUCUUUGUAAAUGUCGAUAGUUGUAGCUAUCGAUAACUUUUAUUUAUUGUUAAAUAACCUUCCAUGUUUCAUAAGUUUUCGCAAUGUCGACCGAGUGAGACAUGCGAGGCGCACUCGCCAAAAUUAUUUGUGAUUUUUUUUUUCUUUUUUAACUUCUGGACACUGACAAGUUUAUACUGAUGGAGGGCGACUGUGUACGACCAACGAAAGAACUCUGACGCCCAUAAUUUCCUAAGGCGCCGGUGGUUUCAUCAAGAAAAAUGGGCAGCGUCAGACAUAGCUUAGUAUCCGCCGGCAAGUUGGCCCUCACCCGGAGUUGCAAAAUACAUCACGUACGUACUGGACUGGUGUGCCGGGCGCCGUCCGCGUCGCAGUUGCGCGGCCGCCGGCUGGUGGAGGCGUGCUGCCACGAGCAGCAGCUACAGUCGCGGUCGCGGCUGCCCGUCGCGGCCACCGCUAGCGCUGCCGUCGGCCGCUGCACCAGGCGCAUGCUGCGCCAGCUCUCCUGCCACGCCGGACUUGCUGUCACCAGUGAACAACUGGCCAGGUCUGCCCAGUGUCGCCUCCAACGAUGGCUUUGUUCGUCAGUGGCAGCCUUGCCUCAUCCAGUACUGAGCCGCAAUCUGAUGACAUCCCCUCAGUCGCCGUCAUCCUCCUCUGGACCUGGUAGUGGUGAUACGACUACAGGACCUGGUGCUGGGAGUGGCCCCACCAAACAAUCACCGCCACAGCCACCACCUUCAACUACUGGACAAGGUUCUGGAAAGGGGAAGGAUGGUGGGCAGCUCACUUGCCCCAAGUGUGGAGAUCCUUGCACACAUGUCGAAACUUUUGUCUCCUCAACAAGAUUCGUGAAAUGUGAAAAAUGUCAUCACUUCUUUGUUAUUUUAUCAGAAGUAGAAUCAAAGAAAACUCUGAAGGAAAAUCGUGAAGAAUAUAAAAACGGAUUUUUCAGGAGACCGCCUCCCACACCGAAGAAGAUCUAUGACUAUCUCAACAAGCAUGUGGUAGGCCAAGAGGAUGCAAAGAAAGUUCUCUCUGUGGCUGUGUAUAACCACUACAAGAGGAUUUACAACAACAUACCUCUGACUCAGCAGGUGCAACAAAAUCAGCAACAGCAGCAGCAACAACAGCAGCAAGUGCCACAGCAGUCGUUCACACACAGAGAUUUAAUGCAUAUCUCUGGCAUUGGACACACCUCAUCAUUUGGUGUGGGCUUUCAGCAGCCAAUGUCUCCUGAACCUGUGUCUCGAAGACCCUCCUCAAUGGCUGUAGGAAGUGAGAUUUUAGAUUGUGCCACUCAUGAAUUACGUCUGGAGAAAAGCAAUAUCUUAUUGUUAGGUCCUACUGGAUCAGGAAAGACUUUGUUGGCUCAGACAAUUGCUCAGUGUCUUGAUGUGCCAUUUGCUAUAUGUGACUGCACUACGCUAACACAAGCGGGAUAUGUUGGUGAAGACAUUGAGAGUGUUAUUGCAAAACUCUUACAAGAUGCCAACUAUAGUGUUGAACAUGCUCAAAUGGGCAUUGUGUUUCUUGAUGAAGUGGAUAAGAUAGGGGCUGUUCCUGGAAUACAUCAGUUGAGAGAUGUUGGUGGAGAAGGUGUUCAGCAGGGAAUGCUCAAGAUACUGGAGGGAACCAUAGUAAAUGUCCCAGAGAGAAAUUCGCCUCGUAAAUUACGUGGAGAAACUGUCCAGGUUGACACUACAAAUAUAUUGUUUAUAGCAUCAGGUGCCUAUAAUGGACUUGAUAGAAUUAUAAGUAGGAGAAAGAAUGAAAAGUACCUAGGUUUUGGAGCUCGCAGUUCAGAAUCACCAGGCCGAAGAGCAGCUACACUUGCUGAUCAGGCAAAUCAGAGCAGUGUGUCAUCAGUGGAGGAAGACAAUGCCGAAAAGGAUGCAUUCUUGAGACAAGUGGAAGCACGAGAUCUCAUUGAAUUUGGCAUGAUUCCGGAAUUUGUUGGUCGGUUUCCUGUUCUUGUAGCAUUCCAUUCAUUGAAUCAGGAACUUCUUGUUCGCAUACUUACAGAACCAAAAAAUGCUAUGGUUCCCCAGUACCAAAUGUUAUUCAAUAUGGACAAAGUUGAUCUAACAUUCUCUCCAGAGGCUUUAAAAUCUAUUGCAAAACUAGCCAUGGAGAAGAAAACAGGAGCACGUGGCCUGCGGUGUAUAAUGGAAAAGUUGCUUCUCGACCCAAUGUUUGAAAUACCAGGUUCAGAUGUUCUCAGUGUGCACAUCACAGAGGAUGCUGUCGUUGGAAAGGGUCAUCCCAUAUACAUUCGAGGCAAACCUGUUCAACAAGUGGAGGAAGACCAGUCAGUAGAACUAGAAGCACAUGCUGAGGCAAAGUAGUGACAUGUAAAACACUUAAGAUAAUUUUCCACACAGGACUAAAGUGGUAAAAGGCGGUUAAGUGAGGCAAAACAUUUAAUAUGAUCAUCUGUUUUCAUAGUGCUAAGAGGUUACAACUACAGUGUGCAAAAUUAUCAAGUUUUUAUUGAUAUCUCUGUAAAUAGUAUUGGAAAAUUGGUUGUUAUGUUUAUUGGAUUUUGCUCUUAGUGGUACCUGAAAGUCUGUUAGUUUGUUUGUUUUUCUCCUUGUUUGUGGUUCCUAAGGUGUGAUUGUUAGUGAGGUUCUCAGACUUGAACAUGUUGACAGGAAAUCACAGUUUUUGUGUGGUCCCCAUGAACAUAACUAUUCUUGUAAUAAUAGUUGCUUCAAACUGUGUCUGUUGCUUGUAGCUUUCACAGACUACCUUCAUUUUAGUUGUUAGGAAUCAUAUGUACCACUAUAGAAAAUUCUGUGAUAAACUGUGCUGAAUCAGUUGUGUGUGUACAUGGACACUCUACGUUGUUCAGAUAAGUUUAUGUUCAUCCUUACAAUUGUCUUUGGUGUGAGAGAUUUUGUGUGAGGUUGAGUUGUGAAAUGUGUUUGUAAGAGUAUUUUGCACAGAUUGUUUAGCAGCGAGUUUGUGAUCCAUAACCAUCAAACAUGGCUAUUGUUUCAGAGGAAGUUGACGUGACUUCAGGUACAAUAGUGAUCAUGCAGGCAGUCAUUGAAAGCUCGGACAACAGCUUAAAUUUCAUUUAAAUUUUGUGUGUGUGUGUGUGUGUGUGUGUGUGUGUGUGUGUGUGUGUGUGUGUGUGGGGAGAGAGAGAUGUCGUGUGGGUUUGGGUUAUAUUAACUUCUCAGAUAUGUGGUCCUUGUGGCUUGAAAUGUUUUUACUGAGUAUUACGACAAGAAACUGUUGACAAUAACAGAUAAUUUCAUAGUUUUGAGUCAUUUUAAAGGAAUGGUGCAUAUUUCUUCCUUUGCAAUGUGUGACAUCUCAGUUCUGAACUGAAAAUAUGCUGUUGUUGAAAUAGCUUUUUCAUGUUGUUUUAAAGACAGAAGUGUACACAGACGGAAAAGAGAACUUUGCUCCCACUGUUGAGAAAUGAUGAACUUCAGAAGUUAUGUUAUUUUUGUAAUAAAACUGUUUACUAAAAAUGUGAGUUUUUAACAUUUCCCCUUCUUCCCCCUUUUACAUAUUUUAUUGCAUUUUCCCGUAUGAAACCAAUCUGUAAUAAAACCAGUUAACAAAAUCUCAUGAGUGUACAAUUAUGCAAAUUUCUGAAGACACAGUCAGUUAUCCAUAACCCCUUCCUGUUUUCCUAUUUAUCACUCUGACUGCUUACUGCCCAUGACUUCAUCACAAAUCUUUUGCUUGUGAUGCAGAUUUAGAUUGGGGGGGGGGGGGGGUUGGAGGGGGGGAAGGGAAGGAAUUAGGUGGGAUGGCUGCACACAUUUUUCUACUGACCAAAGAAAAACUCUAGGCAGGCUUUAUUGAAAAUGUCACUUGUUAUCAGUAAAUCAUUCUGUGUGAAUGAUUGGCUGUAUUUUGCUGCAGAUUUAUUCCCUGUGUCUUUUAUAAACACUCUUGUGUAUUUUGUUCAUGACACUUCUGUUGCUGGGCUAAUAAUUUACCUUCUUGCCUAACUUCUUUUCAAAAGAGAAUGAGAGGACUUGGCUUCCCUUUUGCUUUGAGCAAUUACAUUAAGUUGUAGAAGAAGUUGUAUAUAUUUGUGAUUCCUGUAGUAGAUGUUGCUAUUGUUUCCAUUAGUCAGAUUUAUCUCUUUUUUUAUUUUUUUUAUUUAUCUGUUUUUCUAAAUACACUUUGAGUGCUUCAGAGGUGCAUUUGGAUAGAAAACCAAAUCUGAACUAUACCUUGUAGUUAUUGGUUACUGUGGAUUUCUCUCUUGUCCCUAUGUUUAUAGUAAUACUUUUCACACCUCAGUUUAUAUUAUUUGUAAAUCAGCAUUGUAAUAAUUUUGUAAUAUAGUGAGAAAAUGUAUGUCUUAUACAAAUCA